AUGAUGUUAAGAAAAAGAGGGCCUUUAAUUGGAGAUAAUACAGAUUUUAAAUGCUUUAAAUGGGUUGUUCGGCAAAAGUUCACCUCUAGGCAAAGCUUUAAGAAUGCUAUAGCAAAGUAUGAGAUAUUACAAGGAAGGAAUAUCACAAUAACCUCUAGUAAUAAUCAUAGAAAACAAAAUGUCACUGUGAAAUGUGUUUCAGGAUGCAAAUUUUAUUUGUAUGGUGGAUGGGAUUCAAGGAGAGUUGUGUAUGUUGUUAAAUUAGUUAAUGGUGAGCAUAGUUGUUCAAGAAACAUGAAAAAGAACAGGAAAAUGAAAUCCAGAUGGGUAGCAGACCAAUUCUUAGAGGUGUUCAAGGUUCGACCACAUUGGCCAGCUAAAGAAAUAAUGGCUACGAUUAAGAAAGCCUUUGGUGUUCUUGUUAAUAAGGAUUUUGCUUAUAGAGUCAAGUAUCAUGCACAUCGAAUGUUUCAUGGUAGUAUGCUAGAGCACUACACUAAGCAUGGUAGGUACAUUGAGGCUCUGAAACACAUUAACCCACAAAGCUUGGUGGAACUUGUCACUGAUCCCACGAGAGUUGAUAAUGCUAAUGUUUUUCAAAGACUGCAUGUGUGUUUUGAGGGGUUGAAACAUGGAUGGUUAGAAGGAUGCAGGAAGGUUAUUUGUAUCGAUGCGUGCUUUCUAAAGACCUUUUUAGGUGGUCAACUACUAAGUGCCAUUAGGAAAGACCACAAUGAUCAAACGUACCCAAUAUCAUGGGCCGUUGUAGAGAGUGAAAACAAUGAAAGUUGGGAAUGGUUUCUGCAGAAUCUUCAGAUUUUUCUCAACUUAGGUGAUGGGAACGACUUGGUUAUUAUAUCAAAUGAACACCAGGUUACAAUAUUAAAUGGUGUUGCUAAAGUGUUCCCCAAAGCUGAACAUAGACAUUGUGCUAGACACAUUUACGCUCAUUGGCACAAGUCAUUCAAGGGUAAGGAUUUGAAGCUUCUGUUUUGGAAGGCUAAAGCGUACAGUAAGGCUUAUUUCAAAGAUUCUUUAGUGGAGAUAGAGAAAAUAUUGCCAGCAGCUGUGGAUGGUUUCAAGAGGUACAACCCUGUUUGUUUUUCUAGGGCAUAUAUGUCAUUCACAACCAAAGUUGAUGUCAUUGUGAAUAACAUGGCAGAAACAUUUAACGGAUAUAUUAUCACUGCUCGAACAAAACACAUUAUACACAUGUUGGAAGACAUUAGAACACAAGUCAUGCAAUUAUAUGUUAAAAAAGGAGAUGUUAGUAAGUGGAAAGGUGAUUAUGGUCCUAGGGUUAUAGCUAGACUAGAAAAGGAGAAAGAGAAAGCUAAGAAUUGUGAAGCUAUCCCUUCAACUAAUACGAUCUUCUAG